AUGGCUCUAAGAUAUACUAGGGAAGGGCGGUAUAUCCAGAGGUUGCCAAUCGUGAAACGUAAAAUUGAGCCGUUUGUUGACCAUCUAAUUUGGCGCUUGGCUGAUUGGCAUUACACCCUUUACAUGUCCAGGUCGGCAAAGGACUCGUUACUAUCUAAACAAAAAGAAUGUGCAGACUCAUUAUCGCUAAUGAUAAAAAAACUAAACGCUUCUAGGUGCACUAAAAGUACACUUGGAAAUAAAUACCUACGAGUGGCAUUGCCAAUAGUAUCCCCUUUCCAUAGGCAAUCAAAUCCUUUUUGUAGAAUAUCGCAGAACAGAACGGGGUGGAAGUUUUUACACAGGCAAAGGGUACCAGAACCCAGGCCUCACGGCCAUCAUAAGAUAGGAGGGACUGAUCCUUCCGUUCCUGUACUACCCUAG